UCAUUCAUUUUUUAUUAUUGUUGUUCUUGAUUGAUUUUGUGCCUAAUCAUUGAAACAUAUUAUCUCAACGAUCUGGAAACAGCCUAGUAAUAAUUAUAACUUUUUGCUUAGUUAACUCGGAUAAAUAAGUCUGCUUCUCUAAAUAUUACUUGUUUGUAAAAGCGCUUUUUCACCUUCUCAGUGGUAGGCCCAUGAGUCUGUGCUGUUAGCCAGGUCAAGUAUCGUAGUGAUAAGACGAAAACAACUGAUAAGAAAUGGUAUUGUUCCUUUGAAUAAGAAAUGCAAGAGGAGAAAUAAAAGUUUGAAAUCAUAUGAACAUUAUUAUCAAAGACAGCCUGUCAGCAUGGGUGUUAGAGGGCUGCAGACAUAUUUGGAAAAGUAUUGUCCAUCUGCAUCUCCAAUAGUGAGGAUUCCAGAACUCAUCUCAGAAUAUAGAGAACGUUCUUCAAAUGAAGAAGUUGUCAUUGUUGUUGAUGGAUAUAAUUUUCUCUGUCGUCUCUAUGGUGAUCUUGAAUGGAUUGGAGGGGGUCAGUUGAGACAAUUUGGAGAAAAGUCCAAGAAAUUUGUUCAAGCUUUUAAAAAUGAAGGAAUUACUCUAAUCUUCUAUUUUGGUGGAACAGAAUCUAACCAUAAAUUGCAGACUUGGAGAGACAGAAAGUAUAGAUCUUUGAAUGAUGUAUAUAAUUUGUUCAAUGAAUUAAACCAAGGCACUCCAGCCAAGGACAUGCCAAAAACUUGCUUACACCUACCACCUGGCUUGAGAUCACUUGAGAUCUUUGAGACAUAUGGAUGUCAGGUUUAUCAAUCAUUUGUGGGUCGUGAUAAAGAGAUAGUCGAAUAUGCCAGGACACAUAAUGUAUUUGGUAUAUUAGCCCAAGAUACAGACUAUGUAAUAAUGGACACUGGGAAUGCACUGUAUUUUUCAUUGAGGCAUCUCGAUUUGGAGAAAAUGACAACUCGACAGUACAACCGCCAGGAACUGGCUCGUUUGUUGAAUAUACAGCUGUCCCAACUUCCUCUGUUGGCGACCCUCAUCGGAAAUGACAUUUUGCCUUCACAAGAUUUAAAGAAAUUCCAACGUACCAUCACAAGACAGUAUGAUUUAUCCAAGAAUAUCAGCUUUACAAAAUUGUUUCCGAGUGUAGCUAGAUAUGUUCACUACUUGCCACUACAUCAGGACCAGCUGAGAAACAAGUUGCCAGAAAUAGCCAGAACUGUCCUGGGAUGUGCGUCUAGAGUAUCCGAGAUUACAGUGAGCUUACAACGCUAUGAGACUACACCUAACAGAGAAAACGAAAUUGAGGGUAGAGAAAGUGAUGAUCCAUGGUUUCGAGUAAUGACAGAAGCCAGACGAAGACACCGGUAUAACCUCAACCCUGGUUGUAUUUUUUCUGUGAUGAAUGGUCUGCAUUUUGAGAGCAGUACAUCUCUUGAGGAUUACAGCCAAGAUGAUCUUCCUACUUUUAUUAAGAUGACUCAACCUAUCAGGGAACGAAUCUAUGGGAUACUGCUACAGGAGAAGCCUCUACCAGAGUCUGGGGUACACCUGGUACCGGAAUUGUGCAUGGCCGGACCAGGGAGUGUUGACCAGCCAAACUAUGUUCCAGCAGUGCCACCUGCACCUCCACAUCCAGGGUUGUUAGCACUGUGGCUGGACGAGGGAGAGCUGUUGUCUACCCGCUGGCACUUGUUUGUGUCCAGUGUGUCUCCGGACCUGAAUGUCUCCAGAGCAAGGGGUUUGUUAAUAAUUGAUCUUGUUUGUUUCAGCUCCACACCCAGGGUUGUUAGCACUGUGGCUGGACGAGGGAGAGCUGUUGUCUACCCGCUGGCACUUGUUUGUGUCCAGUGUGUCUCCGGACCUGAAUGUCUCUAGAGUGAGGGAUGUGCUGCCACCUUAUCUUGUUAUUCCUACCAUCUUGCUAUUUUACAUCAAUAAGUUGAAAUGUUUGGAAACAUGUGAAGUGGAUGCAAUGCUUGCUACUGCAAUUUGCCUUAAGUACUAUGACGUAGAGAGGCUGGCAAAAUUGCCAUCAGAUCCCAUCUCUUCUAGAGGCGUUAGGGUAGCGAACCUUAU